ACUGUUCUUACCUGCCUGUGCGCCGCAAUAGCUUCCCACAUAUUGGUAGCAACACUCGUCGAUUAUAGUCUGAGGCUCACGACGAAUCAAGCAUCCAACAACGGUCUCGCUGCAUCUUCAGUCUUCAUCCGGGUCUCUGCUCCCUUGUGUUCAUUUUCCAUACUGCUGCUUUUGCUCUGCUCGAGAAUGAGUGCUCGCGUUCCCUUUAUGCCUCAGCGGCCUGCGUCAGCUCGCCCUGAAACCUCGGCUCCUUCGCUCUCUAGUACCGUCGCUCACGACUCGUUUCGCCCAAACGGGCUGCUUUCUGGCAGUCACUCGGCCCCUACAUACUCGUACAACGACGGGUCCGCUCCAAAAGACCCGCAUAUAGCCACCCAACACAGCGCCGAAGCUGCACUAAAGGCUGCGACAAACAAGCCGCUCAACGUAUCCGGCCUCGCGAAGCGCAAACCCGUCCCUCAGUCUAACGGGGUCUCCGGACUGGGUACGAACCGCAAGUCCUUUGAUAGCUCUGGAGCCGAUGCUCGCUCGACCAGGCCUUUCUUGCCUCCGAGCCAGGCUCACCGUCUGUCGGGCCCUCGUCCGUCUUCUCCGUUCUUCCUCGGAAGCACCGUCUCAGGCACUGGAUCUGGUUCUGAGUUCUUGUCUGUGAACGGAUUCCGCCCGCCGAUGCUGCCUGUGCCGUCCAAGCUGCAGACCUCGGGCUCUGGGGAUAACCUGAACGGUAAUAACGCGCAUAUAGUCACCUCGGAUGGUGCUGGCGACGGCAACACCUCUGAAGCGCACUCUACGAACGGCGACAGAUACAACGACCUCCGUUCACUGGGCUCGAACAAUCCCGAGCGCGCCCAUGCUCGCCCGCGCGUCUCCUCUCAUCCGUCUCUCGAGAAGAUCAAUGAGGAUGAAGACGAGGACGACCGAGGUCACCCAGGCGGUGCCCAUGGCCAACGGGCCUCCGGGUCCUUCCCGGAUGAUGCCCACGCGGGCUCGGACGACGCUCCUUCCGAGGCGUCUCAGCCUGGCUUGCGUAGGUCGGUCAAACGCAUCCAUCAGCAAGACUUCGAGGAGGAAGAGUUCGCGUACGGGACUCAGUCGAAGCGGUACAAGCUGGACGGGCAAGGCCUCGCGGACGACCUCGCAGCGCGCUACUCCCGCGGACCGACCCCCGACGUCCGCGGGUACAUCGCUCCCGAAGACUACGAGCGCGGCGUCCCUGACCCUCGCGCGCAUUCGCAGCAGCCCGACAGGCCUUACUCCCGCAUGUCCGAGGCGCACGUUCAUCCACAGGCUCAGCCCGCACCCUUGGACCCUACGGGACGCGGGGAGGCGUUGUACAAGCUCAUGGGACAGGACCUCGGCGAGUUCGUGGAGGGCCAUGUGGACGCGUACGAGGAGGCGAAGAAGAGGUGGUCGGAGUGUUCGAUGGAGGAGUGGACGGCUGGCGCAGACGAGUUGACAACGAAAUUCUCCAAGAUGUUGGAUUUUGUCAAGGACCACAUGACUGCGAAGCUGUCCCUGUACGCCUCGCUUCAUUCCGCCGUCGCCUCUCACAAAUCCACUCUCGGCGAGCGAGAGAAGGCUCUGGUGGAAGCACGGGAGAGCCUGGUGCGAGAGGGAGGUGCGGUCGUUGGAGGUGGCGCAGUCGCAUCUGCUAUGCAGGCGGAGAAACCGAACGGGGAGGACUAGUAGGCUGGACAACACCAGCAGCCGCAGACACUUCCUGCGCACGAUCGAUACAAAGAUACAUGCUGUACACUGGCAAGUUGAUCACCUUCCACGCGUCCUCACGAUGCCUUCGUGAUCAGCUCCUGCACGAUCUUU